AUGCAGCCUACAGCCGUUUCUGCUUCGGCAAGGCGACAUGUGCUUCUGCAUCUUCUCACUAGCUGCCCGCGAACGUUUUUACGGCAUUAUCACGCUGGGAAUAGGUUCCCAAAACCAUCUCCUAUAUUGUCGCCGCACCGUGCCACAGGGAAAUAUAGCCAAUUGGCAGACCCUGUUAUAGCGCGCAUGAUAUCUUCCACGAAUUCCUUACCAGCAAAGCCUUCACCCAAGUCCCCCAUCCCGCCAGCCUCGGCCCCAAGACUCACACACCUCACUCCUUCCGGCAGCGCCCACAUGGUGGACAUUUCCGCAAAAGACCCCACAUCCCGCUCAGCAACAGCCGUCUGCUCGCUAUACUUUAGCAAUGCAACGGCGGCGCAGUUGAUCGCGGCGAACCAGAUGAAGAAGGGCGAUGUGUUGAGCGUCGCUCGGAUUGCGGGGAUUAUGGGUGCGAAGCGUACUUCUGAUCUGGUUCCGCUGUGCCACCCACUAUUCAUUACACGUGUGCAGCUGGACCUUGAUCUUGUGCCGGCGGAAGGUUUUGCUGAUGAUGGUGUCGGUCAGGGCGACUAUGGGCGCAUUGAUAUCAAGGCAAUUGUAGACUGCGAAGGGAAGACGGGGGUGGAAAUGGAAGCACUUACCGCAGCGUCGGUGGCCUCGUUGACAGUUUACGAUAUGUGUAAGGCUGUUGAUAAAGGGAUGAGGGUUGAAGGGUUGAGAGUGGUGAGAAAAGAAGGCGGCAAGAGUGGGACAUGGGUGGAAGGGAAGGGGGUUUAA